ACAAACUUUGAACCUGCUCAUCCUAGCAUCGGCAUUGUAGUUCCUUUGCCUGUGCUUCAAGCUUUGCCUUCCUCUUUAUGGCAAGAAAACAAACUUCAGUGGCAGCUGUAUGUCAAGAAAAACAUUGCUGUGAUUAAAAAAAAGUUGAUCCUAAUCAGGAAGGAAGCUAACAGACCACACAACGAAGAAGCACCAAGAAGACGGCAAAACUGAGACAGACGAUUGUGAAGUAGAAUGUUAGAAAACAUUUAUGUCGAAGAUGCCUUUUAAAUGCUGGAAGGAAGAUGUUCUUCAAAAGAUUUAUUGAUGGCUUUGAAGAUAUGAGACUAGAUCAAGGAACCUGAGACAGCAAGCUACCUGGUGAAGUUGCAAGAAGAAAGGACAGUCAGGGGUGUAAGUUGAACAGCCACUCUCAUCAUCUUUGAAAGACAAUGAACCAUGGCGAGGUCACUUCUGUGACAAGAUCUUAACAGAAAGAGAGAACCCAAGCCUGUUUCAGAAGAGUACUUUGAACACUCAGAUUUGGCUCUGUGAAGAUUUAGCAGGCUAUUGGUCCCAGCACCAGCACAGUAAUGAACCAAGACAAAAUGCACGAAACCAUCUGCAACAUCACUGAAAGUCAACUCAUAUACAUCAUUGAAACAUGUGUUUACAUUCCAGCUUUCAUCUGCGGAUUCUUCUUAAAUGUUUGGGCCUUGGGGAUGUUCUGCUGCAAACUGAACAAAUGGAAUGAAACUAGAGUAUACAUGACCAAUUUGGCUGCUGCAGACUGUUUAUUUGUCUUGACAUUGCCUGUCAGUUUAGUUUUUAAGACAAAGUCUGUCAAUACAGUGUGUCAUGUCUUGGAGUCUGCAUACUUUGUCAACAGGUACAUGAGUGUCUUCCUGAUCACUAUAACUGCAAUUGAUCGAUACAUUGCUAUAGCAUACCCCCUCAAAGCAAAGAGUAUAAGGUCCCCUCAGAAGUCAGCAAUUGUCUGUGGAUUUCUCUGGACCUUACUUAUAAGUAUAAUAUGUACAGUGAAAUUUGCAGAUGAACGAUCUGAGCAAGAAAUUUGUUUUAUAAAAGUUACCAAAAAACCAUCAGUAUUUCUUUUAGCAUCUGUCAUCUGGGGAUUUUUAAUACCUUUAGCCAUCCUGAGUUUCUGUUCCAUUCGAAUCACAACUAAACUCAUAAAGAAGAAACACACCCAUCCACAAGAAGUAAAGCUCAUCCAGAAAGCAAUCAACAUAAUUUUUGCAAAUAUGAUGGUGUUCAUCAUAUGCUUUUUACCCCUUCAUGUGGCACUCUUCAUUCGGUUCAUUGCUGAUUUCAGAAAAGCCAGCUGUGCUGUAAUGGAAAAUAUUGAAUUAUAUGUCCGCCUGGCAGCUAUUCUUGCCAACACCAACUGCUGCUUGGAUGCCAUUUGCUAUUACUUUGUAAACAAGGAAUUUCAGGAAGCUUCCCUGAAACUAUCCACAAAAUAUUUAUCACAUUUAAAUCAAGGAUCUGAAAAACAGGACUCUGAAAAUAUGUAGUUUAAAAAGCAGUCAAAUAAUGCUGAGAUCUGCAAACUCGUCCCCGGCUGCUGCUUCUAGUCCCUGAAGGGCAUCUACACUGUAGCAUUAAUGCAGUUCGACAUCAGUUUAACUGCCAUGGUUCAAUGCUACAUAAUUCUGGAUCUUUUUUUUAAAAAAAAAUUCUGGAGACACCAGCAUUCAUUCACAAAGAAGGCUGAAAAACUCGUGAAACUACAAUUCCCAUGAUUCCCAUGACAGUUAAAGUGAUGUCAUACUGCAUUAAUUCUAUAGUGCAGAUGCACCUGAGGAUUUGAUUGUCAUGUUUUAGAACAUUUGAGGCCCAAGAAGCUUUUUUAAAGCUGGAUGUCCAAAAGGAUCUUCUUGUUUAAUUCCUUUGCUGGGGGUUGGGAGCGGACAGUGGUUUAAGGCUUGGUGCAAUGGGUUAAAUCCUUGUGCCAGUUGAACUGCUGACAGAAAGCUCAGCAGUUCAAAUCCAGGGAGUGGAAUGAGCUCCCAUCUCUCAACUCCAGCUUCCCAUGCGGGAACAUGAGAGAAGCCUCCAUAGGAUGGUAAAACAUCCGGGCAUCCCCUGGGCAAUGUCCUUGCAGAUGGCCAAUUCUCUCACACCAGAAGCGACUUGCAGUUUCUCAAUUCACUUCUGACACACACAAAAAAUCUAAUGGGACCCCAUACAAUUCACAUUUGGAGCCACUAGACAAAAAGCUUAUUUCUCCCUGAAUGCUAACUGACCAUUGCUGGAGCCUUACAGGGAUCCCCUGGGAAUUAUCAAUGUAUGAUACUGAAGGGUUUUCUACCACAUUUUAUUUGAUCCUCUGUAUCUGAUCUACCAUAUUUUCCAGUGCUAAAACUUGAGAGUGAUAAGGCUUUAUUGCUUUUUCUCAGAUUUGGGAAAGUUUCAUUUGUGGUCUAUUAAAUUCAAAACUCCAGCCAAAACUGGCCAUCUUGACUAGUUGGGGGUAUCGAGGAUUCUAGUCCGAAAUUUAACGUUUCCAAAUUACUCCUUGAUAAAUUGGGAACUUUUGGCAAGUGAAAUUGGGUGAAGAAGAUAUUUCCUUGAAACUAUCUCAAAUAGUAUUAUAGUUUGUCUUUCUUGGUAUUUUCCGUGGUGUUCAAAUUGCAAGAUUUCACAUUUAUAUUCCACCUGUUUUCAACUAUUUUGAAUGUUAAUGUUUACUUGUUAAGAGGUAUUUUAAUGUGUCCUGUAAAGAAAUAAUGGUCAAUAUAUAUACAAAAUACUACAGUGGUACUUUGUAAAUGCUCGGACCGUAGAGAGAACUUUUAUUUCAGAAUUGUUUUGAAUAACUGCUGGUCAGCUAACAUCAAGUGCUUCGU